UGUAUCUGAUGUUGCCUCUUCCUUGGAUAUGGUUGGAACCAGCAGCAUCUUAUCAGCAAAAGUCUUCACAUGGGUAAUUCCUGGCAGAUUUUCAUCACCUUCAGCUUCCACUGGGACAAAAGGUUUUCCCUGUGAAGGGAAGCUGCCUCAGGAGGAGCCCAUUCCUGGUGGAAGCUGCAGCCUCAGCCUCCUUACAGCCCCAUGGCAAAAUGCACCUCCCACCCCAUGGGAAAGUUCCACACAUCUGCUGCAUCACAUCCAGGUGCUACCCUCCAACAACCACCCCGAGAACACCAUGGAUGAAAACCCAGGUGUCCUGGGCUGCAUCAAACACAGAGUGGCCAGCAGGCUAAGGGGGAUGACUCCUCACACUCUCCCUCUGCUCCAGUCAUGGGAGACUGUCCUCCACAAACUUCUCCAGUGUGAGUCCUUCCUCAAGAAAUGCUCCAGCUUUCCACAGGGUGCAGUCCGUUCAGGCACAGAAUGCUCCAGCAUGGGUCCCCCUUGGGGUCCAGGUCCUACCAACAAACCUGGUGCAGUGGAGGCUUUUCUCUCCAUUGAAUUUUCAGUGACAUGCAAUGAGUUCCACAUUGAGUCAGAAAAGAAACUAGCUCAGUGCUCCAAGAGAUGGGCUAUUGCACAACUAUCCCCACUGCGGAGCUUUAUCACUCCUCCCAAAAUCAGCUGGUGCCUACCACUAUCCAGCACAGAAGUCACAUUCACCAACGUGCUGUCGGAAUACAGCAGUGUGGCAGUGUCCAUGGGAGCUGCUCUUUUCCAGCCUCAUCCUCUGUUCAGACAGGCCAGAACUGUUGGAGACCUUUGUAGCAGAAAGGAGCUGAUAUUUGAAGAGCUGUACACCGCUCCUGUAAUUUGUGGCCAUGUCACACCUCUGGGGUGA